AUGGCCAUGAUGAUUCUUCCAUCCCAUAAGGCUGCUUCCGACAUGGGCACCUUCGAGUCCAAUUCACCACAUCUGCACCAAUUUAUCACUAGUAAGCUCGGCAAGGAGACUACAUUUAUCCCCGAGCUACACAGUAUAAUUUCGGGUGUUGAUGCACCGGCUACAGAAGCCGUGGGACGGGACAAAUUAAGGUCCAAAUGUCGGGAAUAUUUGUGCCAGAUCGCGGAGCAAGCCAGCAUGCCCUUCAAAAAGAACUUCCAGUGGAACCAGUUCAUUGCUCGUUUGAUCCGGCAGGGGAAACAGCUUGUGAAUUGGCGUGACAACCUCCCACUAGCACAUGUUUUUUCGGGGGAAUACUUGCAGAAAAAGACGGACACCUGGGAGAUGCUGUGGACUUCCUGCACUGGAGCCGAUAAUCAACCUAAGCUUUUCAUACAGUCAAGGCCUUCUGGAAGCGAUGUUAUUGUUGUUGCUGUUAAUGAGGAGGCCAUAUUGUCAUCCGGUGAUGCGGGUGUGUUUUUGCAAAAGCCGAAGCGCACUCGAAAAGCCGCAACUCUUGUAGAGGAUUGUGAGGAUGGAAAGAAGGUGGCCAAGCGUCGUAGGGUGGGGUCUGAAUGUGACCGCUUUGCUGGGUCUGCAAACGGUGAAUCUUUUGCUCCCCAGGAAGAUCGCCGAGUCUCUUCUACUAGUGUCUCGACUCUAGUGGCAGAAGAACCAUUGCCUAGCAAUGCUGGACUUGUGGGGUUCCCUCCCAUCUCCAUCCACAAUCCCGAUAUCUUUGCAUCUCUCCCUGGCCCCUCGAACAGCCAGCCUGCCGGUACUUUUCAUGGCAUGCCAUAUGGACUGGUUUCAACCCCAGCAAUUCCGCCUUUCAGCUACCCAUUCAUCCCUCACCAACACCAUUUCCCACCUAUGAUGGGUAUGGAGGUGCCAGGUAUGUCUCCCAGUGUCCCGACAGCUGAUCCACGACAAUCGCAGACUUUCUUCAACUUUAAUCAUACGAACACAUAA